CUAUAGGUUGGCUAUACUGAUGAUAAUCGGCGAUGUUUGCUGAUGUCUGGUGUUUGCAAUCACCCGGUGACGGUGAACGGUGACAGCAGUGUGCGCGAUGCCACGCGAUUCGCGUGUGUGCGUGUGUAACGCGCGGAUACAUAUAUCGGAAAGCGUCAUAUAAAUAAGCGGCGAAUUUGCGAACGGUAGCAUUCGCGUUCGCGAGUCCUGCUCGAAUUCGGUUGAUUUGUCAACGAUUUGAGCGGCCAUCGCUUCUAUUGUUUUCACGGUGUCCUUCAACCGAAGAGAUGGCAUCGCCUACACAAGUGAUAAAAAGUAUCGGGCCGAAAUUGGUACCGUUCUUUAAAAGCGUGUCAGUAUAUUUUGUAUUAUUUGCUGAACAGCCAUCUCUGCUGACGGCAUGUUUUAAAUGUUUACCGAUAAUAAGUCUUAUUGUUUUCAUCCUAUUGCACGGAAUUAAUUUGUCCAAAGAAUACGCUUUCUCCAGGCGUAUAUUAACGGGGUUGGUGUUUAGUUGCAUAGGCGAUGCACUGUUAGUGUGGCCUAAUUGUUUCACCGCAGGCAUGUGUAUGUUUGCUAUCGCGCAAAUUAUGUAUAUAAUUGCAUUCGGGUUCAAACCCCUGAAUUUAACGCUUGGAGCGGUACUGUAUAUAUUUUGUUCAAUUGUCAUAUACGCUUUAAUGCCUGGACUAAACGGAGUUUUAGCAAUAGGAGUGCCAAUUUAUACAAUAUUACUCACUACUAUGGCAUGGAGGGCGAUAUCAAGAGUACAAUUCUUUGGGGAGUUAUGGACAUGGACUAAAUUGUGCAGUUGCAUUGGAAGCAUUUGUUUUGUCAUAUCUGAUACUUUGCUCGGAUUUCAUUAUUUCCACAGUCCAUUACCUUACUCUCAGGUAUCUAUCAUGCUUACAUAUUACGCAGCGCAAUUAGGCAUAGCGUUGAGCGCAGUAGAUUCGAAAAACAACAGUAAUAACAGAAUACCUGUCAGUAAAGGCUGAAAUAUUCUUAGUUAUUAUUUAUUGGUAAGGGAGAAAGAAGAAAAAACCCAUCUGCAGAUACAAGAGAAAUCUUUUUACAUAUCUGCUUUAAAUUAUGUGCAUAAUUCCACUAGUAAAUUGUUGUGAUAAUCGUCUUUGACAUAUUGAAUACUUCAGAGCCAUAUUAUUAAAGGCGGCUCAGAGAAGUUUUAGUGAUAAUUGUACCUUUGACUAUAAAAAUAGACUUGUAUUUCUUU